CGAUCGAUUGGAAAGGUAGCUGACUGAACCACCAGGUCAGUCUCCAACUCUCCACUGCCACUCUGAAUUCUGAACCUCUCUCCUCCGGCGGCCGGCCGGCGGACCCUCCCGGCGAGUCCCCGCCGCGCCCCCUCCUCCCCCUCUCGCUCCGUCUGGAUGGAACACAGGUAAUAGGUGUUGUUACCUUGAGCUGAUCUCCCCUAGCUUGCUCGGCUCACGGUGCGGUGCUCUACCGGGUAGCUCUCCAGGCUGUUUAGACCGGCGGCCUGCGGCGGCGGGGCGAGGCUUUCGAGCACCGGAUCCGGCAUGGAGAGAGGGAGGCUCCUCGCGCCGUUCCCUCCGAGGGAGCAGGCCACGGCCAGGGUGUGCAUGGUCUCCAGCUUUGCGACGGAGUUGCUUGAGAUAAGAUCCAGAGAGCCAUCGCCGCCGCUUCACGUGCUAGUCAUCCCCGGCAAUCCAGGUAUUGUUGGGUUCUACAAGGACUUUGUUGAAGCCCUCUACGAAAACCUUGGUGGGCAGGCAUCUGUUACGGCAAUUGGGCAUAUUUCACAUGGCCAGAAGGAUUGUGAGCGUGGAAGAUUGUUUUCGUUGCAGGAACAAAUUGAUCACAAGGUUGAUUUUCUUGAGAAAGAGGUUCUGCAUACCGAGCAAUCAAUUAUUCUGGUGGGUCAUUCUAUUGGUGCAUACAUAGGUCUGGAGAUAUUCAAGAGACUCCAGAAAAAGGUAAACUUUUUUGUAGGGCUAUACCCAUUUUUGUCAUUAAACAAGAGCUCUCUGAAGCAAUCAACAAUUGGAUAUAUUGCAAGGUCAUCUCUCCUUAGUAAAGGGGUUAGUUUGCUUGCGUCUUUUAUUGGCUCACUCCAACCUUCAGUUACAAAGAGCAUUGUGAGACGGUUCCUUGGAUCUUCUUGGUCUGCAGCGGCAGUCGAUGCUGGUUGCAGCCAUCUCUUGCAGUACCACACGAUGCACAAUGUGCUUUUCAUGGCAAAGACGGAAUUCCUAAAGCUUCAUGAAGAACCAGACUGGAAUUUCAUUAGAGCAAAACAAGACCAAAUUGCUUUUCUGUUUGGUGUGGAUGAUCACUGGGGUCCUUUAGCUCACAUGGAAGAGAUCUCAAAGCAUGCUCCUGAGGUUGCCUUGUCGGUCGAGAAAGAAGGUCACACACAUGGCUACUGCUGCACGGAGGCCGGAUCCUUCUGGGUUGCUGACUAUGUUGCGGACUUGAUUAAAAACCAAAUGACCAUCAGAGAUACCUGAUUACACGAACUCAUCUUAUUUGGACGAAGUAAUAUAGGACUGCGGUGCUGGACCCCGACUACUAUUUUCUACAUGCCUAUGCUAAUCCAUUCGAAGGAUCACAAAUCUCAAAAUUCAGAUACCGAAUACUAUAUUUCUAUCUUGGGGCAGGUUGCAAUGUUGAUUUGGCUCCGUUUCAAAAUGUCUAUUAGUUGGAAAUGAAGGUAUAUAUAGCCAUCAACUAGUUUAAAGUGUAUUAAUGUACAUUUCUCCCAGGAGUAAAUGAACUUCUUGCAGAUGUUAAGAUGUAUAAAUUUGUUGGAACUAA